CCGGGGAAACGGACGAGGGCUAUCAGGCCCGGAUGCUGCUUCUGAUUACCGAAGCCAAGCAACGGUCGGAUGCGGUAGCAGCCACAGCAAAGAAGAAGGGGGAGGACGCCGAGAAGGCACGUCUGUUGGCAAUUGAACAGCAGCGCCAGCAAGACGAUGCAGCAGCAAAGGCUGCCGAUGAAGAACGAAUUCAAGACGCGAGAAGAUAUUCAACGGAGAGCGAGCUUUGCUCACAAUGGCAGCGGACUGGCGGGCCGAGGGCGAGAAUGGCAAGAUGGAAGAUCGCUCUACUCCUCUCCCAUCUCACGGACCUCCUGGCCACGUGCAUUGCACAGCAGGAGGACAUCCACAACCUCGACGACGCGGUUCAGACGCACAAUCAGGUGUUCGACCAAGUCAACAGCCGCCUCCAGCAGCUGGAACAAACCGUCGCCGCCCCCAUUGCCAGCUCCUCCAACACCUCCGAUCGCCUCGAGGCAUUGGAGAUUGACGUUGGGUCCCUCAAGGACGGCGCAACGCAACAGUUGGAGCAGCGGAUCUAUACUGCUGCCACUCACUCGAGAUUGGAACCGCGCAAGACAACUCCAAAGUUCGAUGGGCAGGAGAUCUUCUGCGACUCGACGAAGACGGACCCGAUUCCAUGGUUCCGCAAGUUCGAGCUCAAGUUGCAGCUACACCACGUCAGUGAGCACAAGCAUCACGAGUACUUAUACUCCCGGUCGGGCGCCACGUGCCAAGCAUGGUUGGACAAUCUCUUGUCCAAGUACGGAGUGGUGGCUGCCGACUUGUACACCAAGCUCAGUUGGGAUGAUCUAAAGGCGGCGUGGCAUAAGCGGUUCGAAGUAGAGCCGCCGAAGAUCAAGGCAAUAGACAAGCUGAUGACCUUCGAACAAGGCCCGCUGCCGAGUGUUGACCGGAUUGCCGAGUACUAACGCUUGACAUCCAUCGCAAACAUUCAAAUGGGCUUCAAGGUCG